UAAGUUUUAACAAUACCCCUUCACCCUAAUGAUCUGCAACACUCCCUAGCGUUAGUAGCAAAAGCUCAAGCAGACAGCGACUGAGAAGAUGAAUAGCGGUGGCGCAGCCUCCCAACACCGCCGGCAGUCUCGCCGGCCCUGCUUUCCUUAUUUGUCACUAAUUCUUUCAUUCGCGGUUUUGGUAGCAACGGUCAACGGUGGCGAGUUUACAGAUUCUUCAUCAAUCAUAUCGAGAUUCCAACAAUACCUGAAAAUCAACACGGCCCAUCCCGAACCCAACUACCACAAAGCCGCCGAUUUCAUAGUCUCCGCGGCCAAUUCCCUUUCCCUUGAAUCCCAAAUCCUGGAAUUCGCAAAGGGCAAGCCGUUGGUCCUCCUCAAAUGGGCCGGCAGCGACCCCACUCUUCCCUCUGUCCUCCUCAAUUCGCAUACGGACGUUGUCCCAGCCGAGCAGGAAAAGUGGGCACACGCGCCUUUUGAUGCCCACCUUGACCCUUCUUCCGGCCAUAUCUAUGCUAGAGGCUCUCAGGAUAUGAAGUGCGUCGGUCUUCAGUACUUAGAAGCCAUUGGGAAGCUACAGAUCUCAGGGUAUCGCCCAAUUCGCACCGUGUACCUUUCUUUUGUGCCCGAUGAGGAAAUUGGCGGACAUGAUGGUGCCGAAAAGUUUGCUGAUUCAGAGGUUUUUAAGAAGAUGAAUGUUGGGAUUGUACUUGAUGAGGGAUUGCCCUCACCCACUGAUAAUUACAGGUUGUUUUAUGCAGAAAAGUGCCCGUGGUGGUUAGUGAUUAAGGCCACUGGGGCGCCUGGUCACGGGGCAAAGCUCUAUGAUAAUACUGCAAUGGAGAAUCUGCUCAAGAGCAUUGAGAGCGUCAGGAGAUUCAGGGCUGCUCAGUUUGAUUUGGUAAAGUCAGGUCUCAAAGCUGAAGGAGAGGUCAUUUCUGUUAACAUGGUGUUCUUGAAAGCUGGCACGCCCUCUCCAACUGGAUUUGUCAUGAAUUUGCAACCAUCUGAAGCUCUGGCUGGUUUUGAUAUCCGGGUCCCACCAACAGCAGAUUCAGCGUCCUUGGAGAGACGAAUUGCUGAAGAAUGGGCACCUGCUUCACGUAACAUGACCUUUGAGCUUGGACAGUUCAAGCAGAAGGUUUCUGUUUUUGACGAGUUUGGGAAGCCAAUCCUUACAUCUUCAGACAGUUCGAACCCCUGGUGGAAGCUAUUGGAAAAAGCUAUAAGAGAUGCUAAUGGUAAACCUGGAAAACCAGAGAUUUUUCCUGCCUCAACUGAUGCACGCUACUUCAGGGAACGAGGUUUACCCGCAAUUGGCUUUUCUCCUAUGUCAAACACUCCCAUUCUACUUCAUGACCACAAUGAGUUUUUGAACAAGGACGAGUAUUUGAAAGGCAUUGACAUUUAUGAGUCAGUAAUCAAAGCCUAUGCAUCUUAUGCCGACCACCAAAAAGAUGAGGCUUCUAGAGAUGAACUGUAAGAAAUCAGCUCAAAUUGCAGAAGUUUUUGUCAUCCAAAAUUGCAUAUCCAGACUAUUGGUUCUGAAGCUGUGGAUCGACUAUGUUUGACGAAAUUUGUUGGUACCUGGAUUUGCUUAUUACAAUGAAUGUGAAAGGGGCUUGUUGUUAAGCCGUUAUUAGGAGCACAUAUAGUUGUACUGUAUCUAGACGACUUGAAAUUUGAAAUAAUCUUGUUCAGUUCAAUAUAUCAAGUAUGCUCUUAAACGUUGUUAUGGAGUUGAGAAAAGUUGAAUAUGCAUAAUGCAACUAUUUUUGGAAUA